AUUCUGUUCAACGACAGUUGCUCCGCGAACGCUGAAGAACACGAACUUGCAUAAUUAACAAGGUUCGGACGAUCCGGACAGGCCGCGACCGUUUCAUUCCGCACAAUUCUAUUGAUUUCGACCAAAUUUUGUAUCAGACUAAUUUAUUGCAAAAGUGACGUUCUUCGUUUCCAAACCGUACUAGCAGUCGUCAUUCGUUAUUUUUCUACGAUUUCAACAGACCUCGAUUCAUCCAAUCUCUAGUACCGUUGUUGAAACAAAACUAAAAUUGUUUACUUUCUCUCUAAAGAAACAGAAGUAGAAAUGUUCUUCCUCAUUUAUUAAUGUUAUUAUAAUGGACUCGCUUUCGCAUACGAUGCUGGCAUUGGACUUUACUACAACGAACAAUAAUUCGACUUCAGACUCGUCCGAGCCUGCAAUCCUGGACCUUUCCUGCAAAAAGAAUAUUUUGCUGUCAUCGCAGGAACAAGCAUCUUGUAGUUCAAGGUCAAAUUCGCCAGCCAGCAGCGAGAAACAGCCGCAACGUAGCCAUUUCCCCGGUUCGGAGGCGAAGAGUCCCUUCGAAGCUCGUUUAUUUAUGUUAACGCCUCCGUCAGAUUCGGAUUCGCCAAAGAGCAAACAUGGACCGAUAUACAACUGCUUCGGUAUAUCGAGCAACAACGCGAUCGAACAAAUUAGGACGUUUUCGAUGCAGCCGAUUCCGGUGGUUCCCACCGUGAUGAAUGACACCAUACCGAUUUCACUGGGGGUUGGAACCUCUGUUCCAUCUCCGUAUGGAAGCGACACAGAGAUCACCUCGGAGAUGGGUAAGAAGCUGCAAAGACCCUUCAAGGCUUACCCUAAGGACCCGUUGACCUUCACUGCAGGCAGAGCCGAGGCGAUAUACGACCAGGAGUCCACAGAAGCCUAUUCCGAAUUUCGGAAACGGAUGCUGGAGACUGUCAAGAAAUCAAACGAGACGACCAACAUCAAGAUGAAACGAGUUAGCAAAAGCCCUAUACUGCCAACCAGUACUGAUGACGAGAAGGAUGCUGCCUAUUGGGAGAGAAGGCGGAAGAACAACGAAGCUGCAAAGAGAUCAAGGGACGCAAGAAGAGCGAAAGAGGAUGAAAUAGCAAUUAGAGCAGCGUUUCUUGAACAAGAAAACAUGAGACUUAGGUAUGAAGUGAUUGAACUCAGGAAGGAGACAGCAAAACUCAGAUGUUUAGUAUACUCAAAAUAAGAUUAUUUAUUCUAUGGAAAGUUUAUAUUGUUGAUACUCAGGAUUUUAUAAAAAAAUGCGAACUGUAUCUUGUCAGAUUAGUCUACCUCAUAUACACUUUUCUUUUCUGUUAGUAUACAAUAGAUUUCAGUUAUAUAUCUAGAUCUGUAAAUUUCAAUCGCGUAGGAAAUAUGCCUCCUAUACAUUCUGUGGGCGCCUCUUUUGGCUCGGAGCACACCGUGAUCAUGUGCUUGUCGCUAUACGUGAGAUUAUGUGUUUGUAGAAUUGCAGUGACCACGGGUAAGCGAGAGGCGCGACAGAAGUCCAGAGGCGUAAUUCUCGCGAUCACUAUGCUUGGUAGGAAUCGGUCCACCCACUUAACUAUGCAAUUUAAUAUAUGUAUACAAGUUAUAUAAGAUGGACGUUGAGAAGACAAAGGGGGUGAAAAAUGAUUUACAGUAAAUAAUUAAUGAUAAGCGGUGCAGUAAUAAAUGGAUUACAUGGUAGCAAUGCACCCGCUACAUUUUUACAACAUUUACAACAUUCCUAGUAAUGAGCUUUAUCAAAACAUAAGUAUCACAAUUAUAUAUUAUACCAGCGUUGGGUAUACUUUAACAAUUCAAGCACUGAUUAAACGAAUUUAUUGAAAUAGACAUGCUUAUUGGAUGAAGAAUCAAUGACGAAAAAGAUGUAGUUUUAUAGUGCAUAAAUACCUCGAGCUAUUCUGUACAUACAUUGUUGCGUAUUUUCAACGAACAGAGUCAAUAAAGAGAAUGAUAAAGCUAUAUAGUACAGGAACACCUUAAACUAUUUUGUGUAAUACAUUGUUGCGUAUUUAAGAUAUGUUUUUAAUAAAUGUUCCUUGUAAAAUCA